AUGACAAAGCAUGCGUGGCGAUCGAUCAGCACCGUCCAUUUCGACCCGGAAAAGGAAGAACAGAUAAAAUGGAUGAAAAUAGAAAUCGAGAACCAAUUGAAAAGGACCGUAAAGCUCGUGAAAAACUUAAACCACGGCAACAAGGAACGAAACUUGAGGAACAAGUCAGAAGCCAUUAACCUAGUCGAGGACUUCCAAAAGCAGUACGAGUCGCUGUAUGCAUUGUACGAAGACUUAAGGGAACAAGUGAAGAAGAAUAUCGGAUUUGGAGAUGGGGAAAGUGGUUCUUCUUCGACUUCUAGUUCGGAUUCCGAGUCCUACUACUCGCCGGGCGGGUCGAGUCAAACCCCACACAGAAGGAGCAGCUCAAAGGACUCUAGCUUCAGCAGUGACGUUAACCAAGAAUCUGACCCGACUUGGGAUUUAGAGGACACCAUUUUGAAAGAUAAGUUGACUUCUUCGAGUGAGGUGAAAACCAUCACGAAUCAAUAUUCCCAUUCGGAAGUUCUCAAGGAUUUGAGUGUUCAAGGUGAUGGGCAGGAGAAUGUUGGUAGUGAGAAAAUGGGUCGGAUAAGAGAUUUGGAGGGACAGGUCGAGAGCUUGAAGCUCGAGAUUUCAGGACUCUGUAUGGAAAAAGAAGAGUUGAAAGAGGUAGUCGCGUGUAAAUCAGAUGAAGCCAUGCAGAUGAAAGAGGAGGUUGAACGCUUGAAGCUCGAGAUUUCGGGAGUUCUCAUGGAGAAAGAAUGCUUGAGAAAACAAUCAGAUGAUGCCAUACAGAUGAAAGUCGAAAGCUUGAAGCUUGAGAUCUCGGGACUCUGUAUGGAAAAAGAACGGUUGAAGGAGCAAGUGGAGUGUAAAUCAGAUGAGGCCAUGCAGAUGAAAGAAAAACUUUCAAGUCUUAAAGCCCAGGUUUUGGAAGCUGAUGCCAAAUUGAAAGAAAACGAAAGCCGGUUUUGUUCUGUUAAACAAUCUGUGGAUAGUGAGCAGAAGUACUUAUUGCGAAUUUCGGACCUUGAGGCUCAGGCGAAGAAUAAGAAGUUCAAUGCAAAUUUAGGUUAA